CGUGGGGAGACGUCGUGCGUGAUUCCCGCUUUCGCUGCUCCACGCGAAUUUAUCGCGAUGUCUUUUUGUUUAUCAACGAUUUAGUGUUUGGUGACAAAGAAAACAAGCAAUGUGUUCCCUUUUAGUUAUGAAGAUGUAAAGUUCGUUAAGUAAAGUGCUUAAGAAGAUGGACGGUGCGAAUGCUGACUCAGAUCAUUCUAUGAAUUGGGAGGAUUUUUUCGGUAGUACAACAGAUCUUACACCAACGCUCAUCGGUAUAUACGAUUCGUUAUUGGAGCCGAAAAGCUUAAGACCCGAACCCGAUCCAUUGGAGACAGCAAAAGAUGCUCGAAACGAUCCACCUGUACCCAACAGCAACUUAAACAUGAAGGAAAAAGCAAAUGAUAACGCGGUCAAUGAUAUCACAAAUGAAACAAAUACCGACACUAUGAAACUUUUGGAUAAUUCUGGGACAAGUGUAACUAAUAUCAAAUUGGCAAAUACAAGUGCUUUAUAUUCAUUGAAUUUCAAAAGUAAUCAAAACGUUGGUAACAAAUGCGAUCUUACCAGUGAUCAGAACAGUGCGUCAGUGCAAAAACUCAGGACGUUUAGAGAUGUUAAGAACGAAACUGCGUUCGGAAAUCUAUCUCCAAAUGUUAAACGGAUGAUAUCAGGUGCAACAGAGACAACGACAGUAAAAUUCCAGAAGAAGACUGUUAGCACUGGAAGAUCUUCCAUGAGACAUAAGUCUAACAUCCCAUUAGUUGGAGCUACGUCAAAAAUCUCCCAGUCAGGUGUCCAGAUUUUACCAUCAAUGGAAAUCUAUGAUCAACCAUGCAGCUUGAAAAGUUUUGGCAAGAUUAAAACUGAAGAAAAGGAAUCUCCCAAAAAGGUAGCUCCAAUAAAACUAGAUUUCAAAAUCGAUGAAGUACAAACUUACGAUGUCCCAACAAACAAUAAGCCGUUGGUAUACGACGUACCUAAUGCCAACAAAACUGCUUUUGAAUCUCUAUCUUUACCAUACAUAGAUCAGUCAAUCGAAUUGUCAAUCACAUCCAAUGAUAGAGAGUUUGAUAUAAAAUUGUCUUCCAAAGACAAUUCGCCCGUAAAAAUGGAAGUUAAAUCACAAAUUCCUGCCAAAAUACCUAAGAUUAUUAAUGGUGGUACAAAUAGCUUGCACAGAAAAGAUUUUGAGUCUCCAUCAAAACAAUUAUCGAAAACUGAACCAUAUCCCGAAGUAGUAGGGUCGACAGGGAAUCUGAAAUCUUCAGAAAAGGAGGUUAUAAGAUUGAAUCCUCCAGUUGAAGUAUCAAGACCUCUUUCUAUGAGUUCGAUCGCAUCCUCAAGUUCGACUUCUAGUAGUGGUGUUCAAAACAAAGGAGUGAAUUCUGCUUAUUUGGCUUCGAUCGAGAGUUUGGAUGAUCACAGUGAUGCAGACUUGACGUCGGCAAAUGGGAGUAACAAUUUUGUUAACAAUGCUGGUAUAUCGAACAAUGUUUCUGCCGAACGACGCUCGGAAAGUCCACGUCAUCAAACAAUGGACGAGAUGUCCGGGCUGUCGCAACUAGAACGAGUGUGUGCAGAGAUAGUGCAAACUGAAAACGUGUAUGUGGAAGACCUUAGACAGGUCAUUGAGGGCUACCUCCACGAGUGGCGACGAGAGGCAACCUUUUCCGAUGACGAGCUUUCUGAACUCUUUAACAACAUCGAAGAAAUCUAUACUUUUAACAGAUCCCUCUGCGAAGAACUAAACAGCUGUAAUCUAGAUGCGACAUGCAUAGCUCGCUGUUUUGUUAACAACACUACUGGCUUCGCGGUGUACACUUCAUAUUGCACUGGUUAUCCCCGUACCAUGGAGCAAUUGGCCGCUUUAGCGUCGAAGACACAUAGUGCACGGGAGUUCAGAGAACGACAGAUGGCGUUGGGCCAUCCGCUACCCCUUGCUUCUUACCUGUUGAAGCCGGUUCAGCGAAUUUUGAAAUAUCAUCUCUUGUUACAGAAUGUAGUGAAGCAGUGCGCUUCUCGCGAGACAGAGUACGCGUUGCUUAAGAUGACAGGCAUCGCUCAACAUAUCGACGAUAUGAAACGCAGACACGAACACGCAGUCCGUGUGCAGGAGAUCCAGUCACUCUUGUACGGUUGGAAUGGCCCGGAUUUAACUACGUACGGAGAAUUGUGUGCCGAAGGUACAUUCAGAGUGUUCGGCGCAAAGGCGAUGCGGCACGCCUUCCUCUUCGAUAAGAUGCUGCUAGUUACGAAGAACAGGGAAGACGGCAUUCUCGCAUACAAGACGCAUAUCAUGUGCAACAACAUGAUGCUAGUCGAAUCAAUAGCGGGCGCUCCUCUCUCAUUCCACGUGAUCCCGUGGGAUGCGCCGCGCGCGCAGCUUACCUUGCAGGCGCGGUCGCCGCGUCACAAACGAGAGUGGACUCUACUAUUGAAACGCGUGAUCUUGGAAAACUACAAUGCUGUUAUUCCAUCUCACGCAAGACAGCUUGUUAUGGAGCUCGGCCAGAACAAAACUGACGAUGACAUACUGGCAGAGAAAUCACACAACUUGAUAACGCAAGCAUCGAUGAGAAAACAACUGUCAGCCCCCGAAUAUCUCGAGAAACGAAAACUGGAGCGAGAAAGAAGAAAAUCAUUCGAAAACGGGCUCAGAGCUCGUUUGAAGAAAGUGAAUAGAAAAUACACCGUACCCAAUUCACAGACUGAAACUCAAGAAUGUGACUGUGUUCAAGUCUCGGUCGAAAAAGGUACAGACUAUACUUGUGAUAACUGCUACAUGGAUUUAUGUUCAGAUUGUGAAAUUGAGCUCAAUAAGGAUAAUACAGACAAAUGUGUUUGUGUUGAUAACGAUAAAUGUCCAGAUUGUGACAGAUCUUUGCAUUAUAUAGAUGCUGGUAGUACAGAGCGUUUAGAAAGAAAACAAAGUUGUAAAUGUUCGGAUUUCAAGUCUUCCCAAGAAAGUUUCAGUAAAGAAUUCACUAAUUCUCUUAAUAAGACUCGUGGCUAUCAUUCUUCUGAUAACAUAGUUGGUUAUACAGAAAGCAUUAAAACUAAAGAUGAUCUGAGUGAGACUAAUAACUCCUUAUUAAAUGUAAGGAACAUUCCUAAGACUUGCCUCAAGUGCGCGAAAAUCAAAGAAAAUAUACCCGUAGCUGAUACUGUAGGCGCAUCACGUGUUAGAAAAUCCAGAUGUAACGAAAGUGAUAAAUAUAGGAUUGAUGGAACAAGAUCUAAAUCUAAGGAUGAUCCUCAUAGAUCUAAACUGUCCAAAAUAGGAACUUGGAGAAGAAAAUCUGAACCUGGUUUGCAACAAAACAAUAUUGUUGUUAAAAAAUCUCAAGACAGUGAUGGCGAAAGAAAUGACAAAGGUAAUGAAAAAAUUGAAUUCGAGUGUCGUAAUUGUGGUUCAAAUAAAAUAACAAGAAAAGUGAAAAUAAACGAGACAGCUAUAAUUUCCGAUCCUGAAGUGGAUGGUAGAAAGAGAGACCAAAUACGGAAUAUUGAAAUCAAAAUGUAUAAUACUAAAAACAUACCAAAGAAAAUUUAUAAAUUGAAAAAGAAUAGAACAAAAGGAUUCCGAGCUGGAGCCGAUACUACGGCGAAAUUUUACGCUGAUUUUUCUACAGAUGUGUCUACUGAAAACAUUUUACAUAUAUCUGAAUCUAAUGAUAGUUUGAAUGUUGACAAAACAAAAGACAAUUCGCAGAGUUCGGAUUUACCAGAUUCCAUAAGCAAAGACGAAGAUAUUGAUGAUGAAACUUAUAAAAAAUUGAUUGAGAAAACUGAUUCAUUUAAAAAGAAUGAAUUGGAAAAAGGUAAGUAUUUAAACAAACAGAAAGUUAUAAACGAGGGAUCAGAAGCUGAGGAAAGAAAUGAAGAAGAAAGAACAAAGGAAGUCCAAGAAACUUUUGGAGAGGCAGAACAACCAUUAGAACAGAUCAUAUCGCAAUUAUUAAUGCAGAAUCGGGAAUUUCAAAAGUUGCUUAAGAAACAACAGUUAAGGAAUAGUGCUCAAAGAAGACACCAGAGACUACUCAAGUCACAUUCGACUCCUGAACCGACUAUUUUAACUAGAAACUCUGAUUCUUUAAAAGUAAGACCUAAAUACGUUCGACAAAUUUCUGAACAUACAGAAUUGAAAACAACAGAAGAAAAUGAUGAGCAAGACAAAGAUACUUCAAAUUCUACAAACGAUUUAAAUGAUCUGAAGGAAGAAGACCACAUUUAUGAAACUUUAAGAGUGGAAACUAAAUUCGACGAUACUUUACAGAACGACAACCAAGUACAACAUAUUUCUCAUAUUGAAGGACCUAAGAGACACCUAUCACCACCAAAACUUCCACAUAGUUCAGCAGAUGCUCUUGUUAAUGGUCCCGAUUCCGAUUACGUAUAUCUUUCAUUUGAUAAACUUAAUAAUCAAUGUAAUGAAAGUAUUUACGACGUACCAGUAAAAUCGCCCGAGAAACUUGAAAAUAGAAAAUCUUCAGAUUACUACGUCACAAUGGAAAACCAAGGCCCAUCUGUAAAUGAUGAAAGUUUAUAUGAUAAUCUUGUCGAAGUUUGCAGACGAAAGAAAGACGUACCUAGUAACUUACCCGGUGAAUAUUUACCUAUGAGCUCAGACCAACAAAGCCCAAACACACCUGAGAUUUGGUUGAGUAGACAGAAGGAACAUUUCAAUGUAUCGAGAGAUAGAAAGUCAGGAUCUCUUCCAAGAAGUUUUCAAGUAGUUACGAGUAACCAGGAAGAAAAUGGCUUAAGCACAUUUAAAUGUAAACCUAACAGUAACAGCAAGACUUAUUUAAACAGAGAGGGAAAAGUUCUAAGUAUCGAUAGGCCGUUUACAAUUGCAUCCGAUCAAAGUGAGAUAAGUUACGAUGAUGUGGAAAACUAUAUGACCGAUGGAGAUAUACUUAAAUUUAAUAAAAAAUCCAAUGAAGGUGAUUUUGGGCAAAAUAUAAGUCAAUCCACUUUAGAACUAGAAGAGGAAAUUGACAGAUGCUAUAAAAGCAACUUCGAAGAUGUCAAUUUGGAUAAAAAUAAGAAUGAAAACUUGUUAACAGUUUCUCAACCCAAUUUGAACACUUCUGCAACAUCUUCUUGUGAAGUAUUGCCAUUAGAGCGCAGUGAAGAUAAAAAAAACCCAAGUCAUAUUCAUCCGGAACAUAAAAUUUACAAACCAACCAGUAACAUGUUGUCUCUUAAAAAUGUACUUAGUAGAUUUAGGAACCGGAAUCCAAAUAAAAAUGCUGAAGAUACUGAGAUAAAUGACAACGAUGAAAGUAGCCCUGAAAGUGUUAAAUCUGAUGUAAAAAGUCCCUCAAAUGAAAAGAAAUCUGCUUUAAAUCCAAGAAGUUACUCAAAGAAUUUGCUACAAAGAUUCAGAAGCAUUAUAGGAGAUGAACACUCCGACGAUAAUCAAAAUAAACAAAACCUUCAUAAAGCUAAAUCUGUUGAUGAUUCACAGUCCAACUUACCUAAAACUGACAUUAAAGUCGUUAUAACGUCUAUUGAAGUCAGUCCCACUACAUCUACUAUAGCCUAUUCUGGAGUUGAGUGUUUAACUCAAAGUGUGUAUGAGCAUAGUACACUGAUUGAGAGUCAAAAUGAAAAAAAUAAUCUUGAAAUUUUAUCACAUAGUUGUGAUGAUAUAGCAAAACGAUCAGAGGUAUUGCCAACUUUUGAAAAAAGGGCUAGUCUAGUUACAACUAUUUCCAGUAGUUUUGGUAGUAAUACUUCUCCGUCUAAAUCUAACAAUAGCUCAUAUCAGGCAUUAAAUAAAUUGCCAAUUUACAUGCAAGGAAGCAAAUGUUUAGGAGCUCGUAUAGCGCAAUCAGACUAUGCCGAUCCAACGACUUUGAUGGCAGAAAAAAGUCUUCUGAAAAACAUAAAUGUACUUAUUAAUAAAAACGCAGUCCGACCGGAUAGUUUGUUUUCGAAUUCAUCAUUUGUAACUUCGUCUAGUGAAGGAGCGUAUAUAGAAAGUCAGAAUAAGACAACUGACAAUCAAAGCACAGUAAAAAAAGAAAAUUCAUCCGGUUCCUCGACACAAAUGAUUUCGGAUGAAAGUUUCUACGAAAAGUCCUUUGAAAAAAUCGAACAAGUGAUAGAUGAAGAUGUUUUUAGAGAUUCAGCGGUAUAUUCUGACCAAGAUGACACUGAAGAUGGUAAAACUGAUUCUAGUAAAGAAAACAAAGUUAUAAAUAAAACUGUUACUAGAAUCGAAAGUCUUAAGAAGAAUAUUUCGUUUCAAGCCCAAAAAGUCACUAUUACUUGUUCAAGUAAUGAAAGAAACACUAUGCCAACAAGACUAACUUGUUCUACGAAUAAAAAUCAACAACAUAAUACAGAAAAACCUCAAAAUUCUAAACUUAUUAGACCCAAAGUAGCACCACCUGUUCCUGUAAAACCAAAAAUAUCUAGUAUUCCUACUACUUAUCAGAAUAAGAGUUACAUACACCGGAAUAGCAACUUAUUGAAGAGCCAUGAAACUUCUACAUCUACUGAAUCUGUUGGUACUAAAACUGUUAAACGUAGUUUUAGUGCAAAACCAAGCAUUGCUCGAUGUGUGUCUACUCCUACUGACGAAGCUAAAAGUAAUAUCAAAACUACAGGUAUCGAAAUCAAAGAAACUGAAUCAUCUGAAGUAGACGGAGUUCAAAUAAAACCUCAAGUAAAUAACAACAUACAAAUAAAACGCCUAAGCUUCGAAAGAGCAAGUCUCGAUUCUGCAACACGAAAAAUUAAAACAACUGAAAAGAGAUCUUCUAUAGAACCUCCGAAAAUAACCACAAAGUCAGUCUUAGAAAGAAGAAUGGAAAUUGAACAAAUGGCAAAAACUCAAAUAGUGAAACCAACUCCAAGUACGAAAAAAACAGUUCCGAUAAAUAAGCCUAAAUCUAUUACUACCAAGGUUGCUAAUUUUGAAAGAAGUGUUAGCGACAGUGGAAAAAGAGAUAUCAAAAAUGUUGAUACAAGUGUGGAUAAAAAUAUUCCCGGUAACAGCAUUAUUAUGGAACAGAAAGAGGCAAACGAAGUAGAUCCAAAAGAAAGCUGGGUUAAACAAGUUGUGAACAAAUUCCAAUGAGCUUCUAAAAGUGAUAUGAAUUGCAUUUAAAUAUGAAAUGAUUCCGUCGAACUUUUGUACUCCACUUUUUAAUAUCCACCGUGAAAAUUAUGCGGUUUCGUGUACUUUAUAAUGUAUUUGAUGUGGAAGUGUAUGAUUGUCAAUUUGUUUAUUUGAAAGUACUUUCAAAUGUACGUUCUUAUGCGAGUAAUCAUUAGCAUUAUUAACACACCACAAAAUAAAUUAUAAUAUUGUCGUACACCCUUAGGCGUUGCGCAAACGUGUGUCUUGUUGGAUACAUGCACAACCGGCAACUAAUAUUCUAUGCGAAUAUUCUAAUUUCAUAUAAAUGCUGUUGUGUCGAAUUUAUAUAAAUUGUAUAAAGCGAAUAUUCGCUUCUAUAAAAGUUUGCCGGUUGUUUGUAUCCAACACAAGACACAUGUUUGCGAAGCCUUACUCCUCUAUAUGUGCAGCUAAAUAGUUUUGUGUGGUCUCUUUUAAAUUUCGUAUUUGUAUUAAUUUUUAUUUGAACCUGAUGUGGAAUUGAUUUUAGAAUUUGUGAAUGUGUUAUUUAUUGGUUUAUCAAUGGAAUUAAUGUAUGUUUAUAAAAGAUAAAAAAUCCAUUAGUGCGUCCACAUGGUAUUGUAAAUAUUUUUUUUAGUGCCAUAAACAAAAUAUAUUUUGGCAGUGUAUUAAUAUUACGUAGAGUGUUCAGCAAUAAUUAUAAUUUACUUCGGCUGGCAAGUAAAACAUUGAUUUUGCUAUUUUGCUAAAAAAGAAUUAAUUUCUUGUACUGACUACUAGAAAGUUUCAAGGUAACUUGUUAUACGAGUGAGUGCACACCAUAAACUUUCUGCGAGUCAAACAAUGAGUAAAAGUCCAUCUUUUAAGAAUGGAAUUAACUUACCAAUUUUGAACCGACAAUAUAGUCCUUGGUGUGUAUUCGCAUUAAGACACAUUAAAUGUAAAAUAGGCGCUUAUUUUUACUAAUAUAUUUAUAUAAAACGUGCCAUCAAAGUCGAUAGACGUUUAAAAAAAUAUUUUUGUGCAAUUUGACAAGCGAUUUACUUAAAAGUAUUUAUUUUUUAGUUGUCAUAUAAGUUUUUGUUGUGUAGCUACUAACACCAAAAACUAGUUUUGUUUUAGUAUUAUUUUCUUACUAAUUUUAUUAAAUAUGUUGCAGUAUAUUUUUAGUAUGCACAAUUAACAUUUACUCUUCAAAAUUUCACUUCAAGUUACUAUUCAUAAUUACCUAUUCUAUUCGAGUUUACUUAUUCGAGUUAGAAUUAACUAUUCAUAGUCGCACAAUCUUAAAUAGUUUAUGAAUAUUUUUGAUAAUAUCAGGAAGUUAUUAUAAUAUUAAGGCUAACAUUUUUAAAUACUUAAUUGAAGGAGACUGUUAGUUCGUUAAGAUUUUUUGCCCUAACACAUCCAUUUAAGAAAAAAAUAUAGGAAAAUCUAACCUUAAUUAUAAACACUGCUUUUGUUCUUACAACAGUUUUUAAUAACUAAUUUAUGUUACGUUGUAUACUUAAAAAUUUGGACCCAAAGUUAUUUCUUGUGGAACUCCAUAUUUUAUUUGGUUUUUGCAUUCACUUUUACAAGGGAUAGCGUACGAUAUUUAUAAAAGCAAUAAUAUAAACGACAAAUAGUGAUAAAAAUAACAUAGAAAUUGAGAUUAAAUAAUAUAUAUAAUUUAAAUCUAUGUCAGUACUCAAGGUCAAAUGCA